ACUUAUCGUCUUCUACAUGAUCGAAUAUCGAAUAGAUAAUAAUAGUUUUUACGCGAGAGGAAAUUAUGUAUGUUCGCAACUAUAAGUAUUGCGUUUUAGGUGCUUGGCCAUGGAUCGUUGCAUUAGGCUUUCAUAAUUACACACACCCGUGGAAGGAUCCGCAAUGGCAUUGCGGAGGUUCCCUGAUAUCGGCUAGGCAUGUUCUGACCGCAGCACAUUGUGCAAUACUUAAUAGUUUGUACGUGGUUCGAAUCGGGGACUUAAAUCUGAAACGAGAUGACGACGGAGCGCAUCCUAUUCAAAUGGGAUUCGAAUCUAAACUAAUUCAUCCUAAUUAUAUUGACGGACAACACCCCCAUGAUAUCGCUAUUCUUAAAUUGGAGAGAGAUGUACCAUUUUCGGAGUACAUACGUCCCAUUUGUCUCCCCCUAGAAGAGUCCCUUCGAAAUAACAACUUCGAGGGUUACCAUCCUUUCGUUGCCGGAUGGGGAAGAUUAGAAUUUGACGGACCAUAUAGUGAUGUAUUAAUGGAAGUACAAGUACCAGUGGUUAGGAAUGCCGAAUGCAAGACAGCAUAUUCCAAUUUUCGUAAUGCACCUAUCACUGAUGGCAUGAUAUGCGCCGGAUAUGCUCAGGGUGGAAAGGAUGCUUGUACGGGUGACAGCGGCGGACCACUGACAAUACCACGGCGAUUUACCUACUAUCAGAUAGGUAUUGUGUCCUUUGGUUAUAACUGCGCUAUACCUAUGUACCCUGGCGUUUAUACUAGGGUCACGCCCUACCUCGACAGCUUUAUUCUCCCAGCGUUGGAAUAAAACGAUUAUUAGUGUUGCAUAAGUAUCAUUUUUCGUGUACGAAAAAGGAAGUUGUAACUUUCUGUUUUGGAGAUAAUAAGCAGUUGAAACUUACAUUGUUUUGUACGUCAGGAAUGAUUGCCUUAAAAUGCACGAAAUGUAACUUUAAAGCGACAGUAAUUUUUUACACAUCCUACACUUGUACGAUUUAGAUAUAUAGAGAUAAUAAAGGAACAUUAAUUAAA